AUGGCUAAAGAAGAUAACUUUAUCGACCCUAACAGCGAAGUUGGGAAGCAAUUGCAGAAACUCAAAGAUGAGUUCAAGCAAGAGCUAUUGGUUCAAAGCGCCAAGUAUGACGCGUUGAUGGAAGCUAUGAAAGCUCAAAGCUCCUCUGGCGUACCUCCACCCCAGAUAAACAAACUGGAGGAUCGGAAUGAAGAAAUAAGGAAGGAUGCGAAGAAAGAUUCAGAGCUAGCAGCAACAGCCUUCAAAGGAAUUGUUCCGCUUGCGAGAAAUAUUGACGCUAUUACCAAAUGGGAAAAAGCCUUCUUAAAACUCUUCCGAAGAUACGGUGGCUUACAGAAAAUAUGGGAUGAAGACUUAGGACAUGAUUCUAAAGACUUCAAUAUUAAGAACAUCCCAUGGCAUGGUAAAGAAUUGGAAACAUUCAUACACAGAUUGUCCGAUGAAUUGAUAUCCAGAAUAAUUGAUAUUAAUGAAAAGGCAUUCUCUGAGAUAGAUGAAGUGAAUUACGAAACAGAUUUAAAGACUAUGUAUAUCUUUGUAAAGACUUACAAGAUGGAGAACCUUCCACAUAGAAUUGGACAGGUAUUGACUUACCUUAGGUACACUGGAGAUUUUAGAACGGAUACCGACAGAGCUGUUGAUGGCCUUCUGCACAUAAAACAAUGGGUUGAAGGUACCAACGAAGAAAUUCUAGAUUUCUUGUGCAAGAUGAAACUAUAUUACAUCAUUGUAUUUGAUAGGUACCUAAACGAAGUCGAAACACGCAACAUGUUUUAUAAAUCUCUUGCUUGGUUCUUUCAGGAACACAAAAAGGAUGGUAAAACACCAACAAUUGAUGACGUUAUCCAGCGCAUGAGAAACCAUCACGACUACGAGCCACCAGACUCUCUGGACAAAAGAACAAUCGAAAGCUUGAUAAGCGAAAGGAUUAAAAACGCCCAAGAGAGGGAAAAGACCAAAUCCAAUGGAAAUAGAGGAAGCUUUGCAAAAUCCCACACCACAGGUGAAUCACACGAUGGUAAUAAGCUGGGAUUCAAGGGCAAAACCUCCGGUGCUAAACGCCACGGGCAAUAA